GAGUGCAGUCAGCCGCCUGUGGUAGUCCUCGCAGCAGCAGCAGCAGCCAGCAGCCAGCAAGCAGAAGCAUGGCCAACGCCGCAGCCACCGCAGUCUUCGUCGCCGCUUGCCUGGGCUCGUGGUGGGCCCUGGCUGCAGGUCAGUUGUCUCAGGAGUGCCUCGGUUGCAUAUGUGAGGCGGCGUCGGGAUGCGACGUGAACUCCGGCUGCAACGGCGACGUGUGCGGUCCGUUCAAGAUCACGUGGGCUUUCUGGGCGGACGCAGGCAAGCCCGUCAUCUCCGGGGACAAUGCCAACAGCGACGGAGCUUACGUGCGAUGUUCGUCAGACGUGUACUGCGCAGCCUCAGCUGUGGGAGCCUACAUGUCCAAGUACGCCACGGACUGUAACGGUGACGGACAGAUUGACUGCUUCGACUAUGCAGCCAUUCAUCGACUCGGCAAGAACGCCUGCAAUGGCCAGAUAGAUCUAGGCUUCCAGAACAGGUUCCUGCAGUGCCAGAACGCUUUGGGAUAAGCCUUGAGGAUGGUGUCAAAGAACGUCCUGUUUCCUUCCGAGACACUACACUGAUGGCGUAAUUUCCCAGCAAUACUGAGGUGCCUCAAGUUUCGGCAACAGACGAAUCGUUCGUAACAUAAUGAAAUGUGUCGUAUUCUCCUUGUGGACAUAAACUUGCAUUUCAACUCAUUUUCUGUUUAAUCGAGCAAGAAUCUUUUGUGACCUCAGAUAGCAAAUAAUAGUUCUCCUUUAAAGACAAUCACAUUUGAUAAUUAUUCCACAUAGUAUUCACAGUAUUCAUUGAAGCUCAUAUCAUGUAACCUGUGUAUCUGUGUCACACAAAAUAAUGUCACAAUAAACUAAAGAGCCCAAAAAUUUGAA